AUGCUCAACUUGUACCCAAGGCAACAGCUCCAGGCGAGGAACGCCGCCGUCGGCGGCGGAGACAAGGGCGUCGAUGAGCUCGACGGCGGCUACAACCCCUUCUACGGCAUUGCCGUCGUGUGCCUGUCCAUCUUCCUCUUCUGCGUGCUCGCCGCCUCCGUCACCAUCUGGAAGGCGCUCGCCGUCGCUGCUCUGGCCGCGCUGCUGCUCGGCGUCGGCGGCUGCUUCGCUCCCAAGGGGUGGUUCCGUCGGUCAACAACAGGGCGGGGCCGGGGCGCGAGCGCAAGCGCGGAGCUGGUUGUCACGGUCAGGGCAACAGCCGGCCCCGCGCGGCCAGGCUACGCGUGUGCUCAAGUAGUGGACGCGCCGCCGGCGUUCGCGUUCCAGUGCAGCCCGAUAAAGGCCGACGACGGCUGGUCUGAACCGGCAGCGGCGGCUGCAAGCAGCAGCGUCGUGUGCUCGGUGUGCCUGGAGGACGUCCGCGGCGGCGAGAUGGUGCGGCAGGUGCCGGCGUGCAGGCACAUAUUCCACGUGGGCUGCAUCGACAUGUGGCUCCACUCGCACGGGAAGUGCCCGAUGUGCCGCUGCGUGGUUUCGCCGCCGUUCAAAGCAGUGACAACAUCGAGAGCUGCGGCUGAGGCACCAGAGUCGUCAGCUGAUGAUGAGUUGCCGCCGGUGUAA